AUCAACAGAGCAACACGGAACAAGAUGGGAAAAAAGUUAUGAAGUCUAAUCGGAUCAUGACCCGUGUGUGUUGCUGCGUGUAUUUGCUUUAGUACACAACGUGCGGAGAAGUCGUGCCAUUGCCCGCCGAUCAAAGAGAAGCAACAGGACGCCGUGGAAAGAGGAACAGAUCAGAAUCCGCCGUUGUUCUCCGUGGAGGGAAAUGUAUGUUUUUCCGUUUCCAAGGGCUGGAUUGCUGAUGUCACCACGGAGGAGGGCGCCACGCAAGGACAGGUGUGCAGCGUAAAGUUGCCUAUCCAGUCUGUUUGGAUCAAGCUGUGGAGCAAACAGCAGAAAUGCGAGGAGAUCCUUUGGUCGAAAGUGUUUUGGACACAGUUUAGUCAACCGGGCUGAGGAUUCCUACGUUCCUUUUGGGACAUGAACAUAGCAUUACACCCUAAGAAGCCCAUCUGGUGUUGGUCAAGUAGCUGUGCUGUUUGGUAGGAGUUUAAGUGUAAAAAAAAAGAAGAAGGCCUAGUUAAGUCGUGGGAGUGCACACGGAGGACUGUGGGGUCGAGACGCCCCAGCAUCAGAAACGACACGUUCCGUCUCUAUGCGACACUGACGCAGCCACUUUGGCCUCGCAUCUCAGUGUGCAGGGGUGAUGCGCGACUGAAUCCAUUGGGACGACCGACCACCACCACCACCACCACCAUCAUCAUCGGAGGCGUAGUGGAUCAUGACAUAAGACUUGGGACAAUCUGCAAUGAUUCGCCUGUGCGUCACUGCGUCUUAGCACCCACAAGCCGCCCUCGGCUUGAAGGACGAUCGCGUUCGUACUGCAAAAAAAGAGCCUCCAACAAUGUCCAAGACCCUCAAAAAGAAGAAGCACUGGUCCGCUAAAGUCCAGGAGUGCGCCGUGUCGUGGGGGGGUUCCGGGGACCUGGUCACUGUAGUUGAGCUACUAGGCGGCGCAGAGCAGGGGGAGUUCCCUUAUCUCGGGCAUAUAGUAGCCGAGGCGCUGGUCUGCCACGCCGGGAGGCUCCCCAGCAGCGGUGACGUCCUGCUGGAAGUCAACAACACUCCGGUGAGUGGACUGACGCACCGGGACUCUCUGGCUGUCAUCCGCCACUUCCGAGAGCCUAUUCGCCUGAAGACUGUCAAACCAGGGAAGGUCCUGAAUGCUGAUUUGCAUCACUACCUCAGUCUGCAAUUCCAAAAGGGUUCUCUGGACCACAAGCUCCAGCAGGUGAUCAGGGACAACUUGUACCUGCGCACCAUUCCCUGUACCACUCGGCAACCGAGAGAGGGGGAGGUUCCUGGAGUGGAUUACAACUUUAUCAGCGUGGAAGAGUUUCGUAACCUUGAAGAAUGUGGACUCCUGCUAGAGAGUGGAACCUAUGAUGGUAAUUACUAUGGGACGCCUAAACCACCUGCAGAACCGAGUCCCGUGCAGCCGGACUUGGUGGACCAAGUCUUGUUUGAUGAAGAAUUUGACACCGAAGUCCAACGAAAGCGCACAACCUCAGUCAGUAAGAUGGACAGGAAGGACAGUGCAGCCCCAGAAGAGGAGGAGGAGGAUGAGAGGCCGCCAAUGGUGAAUGGACAAGCUGCAGACCACAUGGACAAGGCGGAAUGGAGGAGGACGGUGCCCAGCUACAACCAGUCAGCCGGGGCCAUGGACCCGCGAGCAUGGAGCGCAAUGACACAGGACGAUAAUCAGGAGCCCCUUCCAAAGAACUGGGAGAUGGCCUACACAGAGACCGGCAUGGUUUAUUUUAUAGACCAUAACAGCAAAACCACAACCUGGCUGGACCCACGGCUCGCCAAGAAGGCCAAAGCUCCUGAGAAAUGCGAGGAAGGAGAGCUGCCCUACGGCUGGGAGAGGAUUGAGGACCCGCAGUACGGCACCUACUAUGUAGACCACAUCAACCAGAAGACUCAGUUUGAGAAUCCGGUGAUGGAAGCAAAAAGGAAGGUGAGCGUUGAGAUGCCAACUGCAGUAUCCUCGGCAACAGCCACACCAUCAGAGGAAUCUGGACAGGGAGUACGGGGCUUCACACGAGACCCAUCGCAGCUACAGGGAUCUCUCCUUCAGACUGCACUUCGAAAAAGCCCCCAGGGCUUUGGCUUCACCAUCAUCGGAGGAGACCGCCCAGACGAGUUUCUUCAGGUCAAAAAUGUCCUACCUGAUGGGCCCGCCGCACACGACAAGAAGAUUGCCUCAGGUGAUGUUAUUGUUGACAUCAACAGGACGUGUGUGCUGGGGAAGACUCAUGCUGAUGUGGUGCAGAUGUUCCAGUCCAUCCCUAUCAACCAGUAUGUCGACAUGGUCCUGUGCCGUGGUUACCCGCUACCCGAAGACUCUGGAAGCGGCGAAGAUACAUCAAAGGACACAAGCUCUUCUCCUGCUGCGUCAACGCCUCAAGACCCUUAUCACAAGGUCCAGGAUGUAGGAACUCUACCCAGGCAGACUGCUGCUGUACCUCCCAUGGCAAAUGGGGGGCGCCAUUACCACUAUCAUCAAUCACACCACCAUCACCAACCCGCUUCUCACUCCCACAACCAGGAUGGCCCAGAUCCCACGCUGCUUCAACCUGAGCUCAUAAGCGUGCCCUUAGUGAAAGGACCUGGAGGUUUCGGUUUCGCCAUUGCUGACUGCCCACUGGGCCAAAAGGUGAAGAUGAUUCUCGACGCGCAGUGGUGCCGUGGCUUGCUGAAGGGGGAUGUCAUUAAGGAGAUUAACAGACAGAAUGUACAGAUGUUGAGUCACUCUCAGGUGGUGGACAUCCUCAAAGACUUGCCAGUAGGCAGCGAGGUCAACGUGCUGGUGCUCCGUGGAGGUCAGACAUCACCUGUGAAAUCAUUGAAACCGUGCACGGCGCCAACGUCUCAGCCUGCUUCCCAGCAUGCAUCGCAACCAACAUUCCCACCUGCAUCCCAGCCUGCGUCCCAGCCCGCGUCCCAGCACACACCUCACCACACCCACCAUAGCCACUCUUCCCCUGUCACACCAUUGCAGCAACCAGAGCUAAACAACAGCACUGAGGCCCUCGGCCAUGCAGAGGUGCCUCCCAAUCCGCUCUCCUUUCCUGCCAACACCAUGCGCUCAUCUUCUCCCAAACCAGACGCUUCGGAACUCUACCUCAAGUCCAAGGCCAUGUUGGAUAGCCAGCCUACAAACACCAAGGACCUGGAUGUCUUCAUUAAGAGAAAUCAAGAGUCAGGUUUUGGCUUCAGAGUCCUUGGAGGCGAGGGACCAGAGCAACCGGUGUACAUUGGCGCAAUCGUCCCGCUGGGUGCAGCUGAGAAGGAUGGACGCCUGCGGGCGGGUGAUGAGCUUCUGUGCAUAGAUGGUGUGCCAGUCAAGGGCAAAUCCCACAAACAAGUACUAGAAUUGAUGACAAACGCCGCCCGCAACGGCCAGGUUAUGCUCACAGUCCGCAGGAAAUUGACACAUUCAGACGGUGGCGGCGGAAGGGAGGAGGAGGGCGGGCAGCAGCCCCUGCAGGUAGCAUCGGCAGUUGUCAGCAGCUCCCCUAAGACACCUCGAGGGGAACCACUGAAGGCCGCCCAUCCCUCUCGUCAGGAAUCCUUUGAUGUCACACUUCAGCGCAAAGACAACGAAGGCUUCGGCUUCGUCAUCCUCACCUCUAAGAACAAGCCCCCACCUGGAGUAAUACCUCACAAGAUUGGCCGCAUCAUUGAAGGCAGCCCUACAGACCGUAUGGGUCAGAUGAAGGUGGGUGAUCGCAUCUCUGCGGUCAACGGUCAGUCCAUCAUGGAGCUGUCACACAACGACAUUGUCCAGCUCAUCAAGGAAGCCGGCACAUCUGUUACACUCACUGUUGUACCUGAAGAUGACAGUGCACCUCCGUCCACAACAAACUCAGCCAAGCAGAGUCCAUCAAUGCAGCAUCGAGCUGUUGGCCAGCAGCCUCCCAACUAUGCCGACAGGAAUGGUGACAUGGGAAUACUCAGCCCAUCGGUCCUCAAACACGACUGUUUUGUGGUGGAGCUGGACCGUAGCCAGAGGGGCUUUGGCUUCAGUCUGAGGGGAGGAAAAGAGUACAACAUGGGCUUGUUCAUUCUACGCCUGGCUGAGGACGGGCCCGCACUUAAAGAUGGACGGAUACACGUCGGCGAUCAGAUCGUCGAGAUAAACGGUGAGGCCACGCAGGGCAUCACUCACACACGAGCCAUCGAGCUGAUCCAAGCGGGAGGCAAUAAAGUUCAUUUGUUGCUCCGACCCGGCCAGGGUUUGGUUCCCGAUCACAGUUCUAAGGACAAAGUAACCAUUCCAACCUCAAGCUUCCCCAAGCAUUCUGUAACUGAUGGGCCAUUGUUACCUCCAGCCUCUCCAUCUUCUGUCUCCAUCUCUACCUCGGAAAUGUCCCCCGCAUCACCCCUGGUAACCACUCCUGAUGAAUUCUCCACUGUAGUAGUGUCUGUUGGAUCACCGAGCACUGGUCCGGAGCGUGCACGUCAACCGAACAGAGUAAGAGGGCAGCAGGUUUCCACCAAACGCACCACCAGCCCCGGCCACCACACAAGGAAAACAAGCAAGAGUGACUCCAAGGCUACGAGUCCCAAGAGAGCCACUGAAAACAAGGCAGAUCAUAUCGAUAGCUCUCAGAGCCCCAGAAAGAAAGAGCGGGGAUCAUCGGAGGAUAUGAGCAGGGAUAGGAAGCAAGAAGGGCAGAGAGACCGUCGCUCCUCCAGCCCUAGGAAGAGCUCCAAGAGGGAACAAGAGGAGCCCCAAAGCCCGAGACGCCCAGCAGGCCAGCAGCCUCCUACAGAAGGGAGACGACAUAAGGAUGAAGACGCUUAUUACAGAUCCGUUGCCGAGAGCGAUCGUCACAAGAAAGGAAAAUGGGCGGAACAAGAGACACAAGUGCACAUGCAAAGGGAGAGGUCAGGGUCCGACGCUGACACAUUGGGCCGACGGAGCGCAAGAGAGAAGGACAGUAGGUCCCACAGGAUUCCUGAAGAUGUGAAUAAAAAGGACCCCAGGGGGUCCAGCAGUAGCAUCCAGGACCCCGGCCACAAUGCAAACUCCACCAGCAAGAAGGCCCCCAUCACACCUGGCCCAUGGAAGGUUCCCAGUUCCAGUAAGAUUCAGUCCCAGGUGGACACAGUAUAGAAUGCAUAAGUCGUAAUAUUCUUUGUUGUGGCCUACGAUUUCUUUUCACCAAGUGUUUGAUGUUUGAGCAAACAGGAAUUCCCACGUGUGACUCCGAUUUGAAGGAACGCCAUUCACUGUGAGACUUGGAUGAAGGAGCUGAUUUUUUUUCACUGUGAAGGUUUGAGGCACAUUCAUGGAAUGUUUGUCUGUUGAAGACGUGUUCAUGUCCUUGGAUAGAUCAUUUGAGAUUUUUUUUUUUUUUUUUUUUUUUUUUACACAACAUAUUUAGAUUCAUGAGCUGACUUCUUUCAUACACAUAUGAUAUUUCGACUCAUGAUCUUAUCAGCAUGUCGUGGAGCUUUUGACACACCACUCAGCAGACCGGACACUUGUGCUUAUUGUUAUUGUGUUUGUGUUAAUAAUAAUAAUAACAAUAAUAAUGUAAUUUAUUGAAAUUAUAACUGUCAGUUGUAGAUACGCAUUUCAUGCGUCAUGUCUUAAAGAUAGAAAGAGAAUGUGUAGAUAACGUCACAGUUCAUCAACAGCAAAAAGCCUUAGCAAUGGAAAAAAUAUCUAUACUUGGUAGAGCUGCCUACAUUUGAGGGGUUUCCUUUGCGUAUCCUCUCCUAAAAUGUCACGAAAGUAGAUUGAAUGAUUGAAUGCCUCGGAUGCGGCUCUGAAGGUCCUGUCACUGUAAGAACUGCACAAUCUAUACACUCUAUUUCUAUGAUUUUGUGGUCUGUGAUGGUCCGCUUAUACAGCUCUGUGUUUUAAGUCAUGUGGCUAUUGUGUGCUGUUUCAUAUUGCUGUAGCAUUGACUUAAUAUACUCAAUCUGAGCAUUACUUAUCAAAGCGUAUAUAUUGACACAGACUUCAGAUGGGACGUUGAUUGUAAGAUGUGAGAGCCUUCAGCAUUCUUAAAAAGAUGCUUAUAUUUUUAUCACCCCCCCCCCCAAAAAAAAAUAAAUAUCUCAUGAUUCUCAUAUCUUUGAUUUUGCUCUACCAGUCCUCAAAACGACAAUAAUUGGGAUUCAGACUCUGACUAAGCAUCCUUUUCAUGUCAGUGAUAUCUGUCAAAAGCCCUUAGAGGUAUCUCAGGUCAAAGUUCACAUCAAAUUGAUAGGUCUGAUGUUCCAAAAAGUCUAAGAAUAUUUGACACAAAUACACAGUGGUGUGUGUGCUCAAAGGUGAAAUAAGUAUGCAGUCAUUGUUCUUUUACCAUAUUCAUAAAUGCCCUGUGGAUGUUGACUUACAGUAUUUGUGAGCUCCAUGGCCUCAGAUACCACGACGUAUUAUCUGUUGCUAUUCCUCACUGGCAUCAAACGGUGGGGACAACAUUACAGUUACAUUUGAGGGGUUAGAAAAAAAAUGACUGUAGUAUCUUAAAUGCAUAUUUCUACUUUGUAGAGGACUUCAUUGCCCUUAUCGGUGUAUUGUUAAAGAAUAUUUAUUAUCACAGAAUCGGGUUGAUUACAAUUCAAUAAGGUGUUAGCGGUUUGGGGACUCCAAUGUUUUUGUAUGAAAAUGACUGGGUGUCAUAAAUGAAGUCAUUCAUAGCCCCUAUUUUUUAAAAUAACCUAUUUUUGGACUUUUUUGGGAUGACAUUAGACCUGCACUGAUAUUGCUGUUGUAGAGCACAGUAAUGUCCUUUAUUCACACGCUUGUUUCCAUGUGAAGCAUCAGACUGCCUGUCGAAGUAUGUACAGAAGAAACACUCUCGAGACAUUGCUUGCUAUUUUUUUUUCAUCCACUUUAUUGUUGAUAUGAUUGACCACUGUACUGUUUACUGUGCAUUCCAUUAUCAUGUAUGAUACUGUGGCCUUGCAUUGCUCCAAAACGUAUGACAAAAUGUGUAGUUUUAACAUCAGUUAGUUGUAAAUGUUUCCAACUUGUACAGCACCUGUAUAAAUAUUCAUGCAGAAAAACAA